AUGAUGGAUGGCGCUGAAGCAUUCAACUUGAGCCUCCCGGUAUCGAGAUCCCUCCCACACCUUAGCCAAGAGAGGGCAGUGCUGGGUGUUAUCGCCCGCUGCCCUCACAGCUAUCCCCGACAAUCCAUCCAAGGGAAAGCCGUCACAUUCAACACCUCCUGUAUCCAGACGGUACAUGCCAGUCUGCCAAACUCUAAUUCGAAUGCGGAUUCCAGCUCUCUAUCCUCUGCGCUCUCCUCGUGGAACACCAUAAUAUGUGAUGGAGACGAUGAGUGCGCCAAAACUCCUGACAAUUUUGACAAAAGCCCUUUGCUCACGGACCCCAAACGACUCCGGGCAGUCUUUCUGGUGAAAGAGCUUCUUGAGAUGCGGAAUGAAAUAGUGUGGGAGCGCCAGCAAGGUAGUGUAUAUUAUGCACUUGACAGAUCUCCAGCAAGGUGUACAGUCAUGCCUAUGCGUCCAUUGGCUGGGAGGGGGCCGAACUUUAUCGAUCUUAACUGGGAGGAAGUUGAUGUGUACCAGUCGUGGUAG